AUGGCGACCAUCUCUGUUUUCUAUACCUUCCUGUGGCUCUCCGUUACCUGGCUACUGUACAAGGGUAUCAGUCGGCUCUAUAUUCGUCGGCAACAUGCUAUCAAGUCUCGCAAGCUGGACUGUGAGCCAGCACCACUAUGGCCUGCAACACAUAUGGGCAUCUCGACGAUCAAACAAAUGAUGGCGGCUCAAAAGGCAGGUCGUUUUCCCGCGUAUCUCCGUGAGCGGGAGGAGACCUUGUCCGAAACUGAACACAGACCUGUGCAUACUAUGCGCCUUUCUAUUCUUGGUAAUGAGGCUCACUUCACCUCGGAUCCCAAGAACAUCCAAGCUUUACUGGCAACUCAGUUCAAAGACUUCGGGCUAGGGUCCGCGAGGAUCGGAAACUUUGGUCCCUUGAUGGGUGAUGGUAUUUUCGCCUCUGAUGGCAAAAGAUGGGAACACUCACGAGCAUUGCUCCGACCGCAAUUUGCUCGCGACAACAUCAGUGACCUUGAGCUAGAGGAGGUGCAUGUGCAGAACAUGAUGCAAGCCUUACCCGUCAGUGCUGAUGGCUGGGUCGAUGAGACUAAUGCACAGCUUCUCUUCUUCCGUCUCACUCUGGACAGCUCCACCGAAUUCCUGUUCGGUGAGAGCAUUGACACUCAACUCGCAGCUCUUCGAGGCGGAGAGGCUGGAGCCGCUGCAGCUUGGAGGGACGAGAAGGUGUUCGGCACCGCCAUCGACAGCUCGCAAGGCUAUCUGUUCAAAGGCGCUCGGUUCGGAAACUACUACUGGAUGGCACAUGACAAGCACUUCAAGAAGCUCUGCAAGGACGUUCACAACUUCGCCGACUACUACGUGGGCAAAGCAAUUAAGGCACAAGAUUCCGAGAAAAGGGCUCCAUCUCCCAGCAAGAAAUUUGUCUUCCUCGAAGAGCUAGCUGCGCAAACCCGAGACCCAAUCGAGCUCCGGACCCAACUGCUCAACAUCUUGAUUGCUGGUCGCGAUACUACUGCCUGUCUGCUCAGCUGGAUGUUGUUGCUUCUUGCGAAGAAUCCCGAUGUCUUUGAGAAGCUCCGUGAAACUGUCAUCCGCGACUUUGGCAGUUACGAGAAUCCUAGAGACAUCACUUUCGUGUCCCUUAAGGACUGUCAAUACCUUCAGCAUUGUUUGAACGAAGCACUUCGCGUUUAUCCGGUCGUCCCCAUGGACGGUCGGCGUGCCUUGACGGACACUACCAUUCCUCGCGGAGGUGGCGCAGACGGUCUAUCGCCCAUCUUCAUCCCCAAAGGCACUGAUGUCAGUUACUCUGUGUACGUCAUGCAUAGACGUAAGGAUAUUUGGGGUGAGGAUGCCGACGAAUUUAAGCCGUCGCGCUGGACCUCGAAGCGACCCGGUUGGGACUAUCUGCCAUUCAACGGAGGUCCCAGAAUAUGCAUCGGCCAGCAGUUCGCGCUCACUGAAGCUAGUUAUGUCAUGGUCCGACUACUUCAACGAUUCGAUAAGAUCGAGCCCACCGGACCAACUCUCGAUGCCGAGCCGAAGAUGCGCUUGACCCUUACCUGCUGCCCUGCAGAUGGUGUCUGGGUCAGGAUGAGACAAGCGAAAGAUGUCGCAUCUCACUGA